AUGAAAAUGGCAGAUUUAGAUGAUGACACAUCGAAUGAAAAUCAUUCCGAAGAAAUUUAUCGAUCAAGUAAUUGUGAUUUAUUAACAUGGCUUCGUACAAUUCCAUUAUCGCAUUCCAUACAUGAUUUUGAUACAGAUUUUUGUGAUGGAGUUAUUAUUGCAGAAAUUAUUUCAUUCUUCUUUCCGGAAUAUAUCGAUUUGGAUUUAUUUUAUUCUGCACGAAAUAUGUCUCAACGAACAAAGAAUUGGCGAUUAUUAAAAUGUGAUGUUUUACCAAAAUUGGGUUUACAUGCGCCAGGAACUGUCGUACAUGAAAUUAUUCAUGGAGAUGUGCGAGUUAUCGAAUUAUUUUUAUUAUAUUUACGGGAGAAAAUCGAUGAAAAUUUAAGAGAACAAGGAAAAAAAGUUCGAUUUCCUCGAGUGAGAUUUGCUCCAUUGAAUGUUCAACCUGUUGAAUUACCACAGAUUAUGUUAACAACACCAAGAAUUCCAAGACGAAAAGGAAUUAAACCUGUUCAAAUGAAUUUUCACGAAGAAAAAGAAGAGAAUUCAUCGAUAUCUAAUGAUGAAAUUGUUAAAAUCAAAGAGAAAGAAAUCGAUCUUCUUCAAGGAAAAUUAGAUCGAUGUGAAGAUAUUAUUAAAGAAAAAGAUAAAAAAAUUCAGCAAUUGGAAUAUCUUCUGGCAAAAAUCAAUACAAACAAUUCAACAGUUUAA